AUGAAUAAUCAGUUUCACGAGUUAUUCGGGUCGCAAUGGCCCCCCGACCAGCACGGGGGUCAUUCCUCAGCGUCGACGAUGCUUCAUCAGGGGGGCCAACUGCCACAGGGCAUGCAGUUGAAAAGGGAACCGGAUGUCCCCCCUGUCGGAAUGCACGGUCAAAUGCUGCAGGACAUAACGUCCGCAUCAGUGGCGGAUAGUACCUCACCACCACCUGGAAGCAGUGACGGACAUUUUGGAUCCUCCAUUUCUGGAAUGUUCAUGGAUAAGAAAGCGGCUAAUUCUAUCAGAGCCCAAAUCGAGAUAAUACCAUGCAAAGUAUGCGGAGACAAGUCUUCUGGAGUCCAUUAUGGCGUGAUCACAUGUGAAGGCUGCAAGGGAUUCUUUAGGCGCUCGCAGAGUACAGUGGUGAACUACCAAUGUCCACGGAAUAAAGCGUGUGUGGUGGAUCGCGUGAACCGCAACCGGUGCCAGUACUGCCGGCUGCAGAAAUGCCUCAAACUUGGAAUGAGUCGCGAUGCCGUGAAAUUCGGCCGUAUGUCCAAGAAACAACGCGAGAAGGUCGAAGAUGAAGUGCGAUACCACCGCGCCCAGAUCGCGCGGGCUACCGCGGAUUCAGCCCCGGACUCUGUGUACGAUACUCAACAGCAAACGCCGAGUUCCAGUGAUCAAUUCCAUCCACAUUACAACGGCUACCCUGGCUACGGGUCGCCCCUUUCGUCGUACGGCUAUACAAACGCUGGCCCCGCACUCAAUUCCAACAUGAGCAUUCAGCCACAGGCGCAGCAACCGCAGCAAUAUGACGGAUCAGCCGAUCCCUUCGUUGACUCAACUACUGCGUACGAGCCGAAACAGACCGGAGGAUUUUUGGACACUGAUUUUAUUGGGCAUGCCGAAGGCGACAUCAGCAAGGUCCUGGUAAAGAGUCUGGCCGAGGCCCACGCCAACACCAACCCCAAGCUGGAGUACAUACACGAGAUGUUCCGGAAACCGCCGGAUGUCUCCAAGUUGCUGUACUACAACUCGAUGACCUACGAGGAAGUGUGGCUCGACUGCGCGGAUAAGCUAACAAGCAUGAUUCAGAACAUCAUUGAGUUCGCCAAGCUCAUUCCUGGCUUUAUGAAGUUGUCCCAGGAUGAUCAGAUACUGCUGCUCAAGUCUGGCUCGUUCGAGCUGGCGAUCGUGCGCCUGUCGAGACUAAUUGACGUGAAUCGCGAGCAAGUGCUGUACGGCGAUGUUGUGCUGCCGAUCAGAGAGUGCGUGCAUGCACGUGACCCUCGAGAUAUGAAUCUAGUGGUAGGCAUCUUCGACGCGGCAAAGACGAUCGCGCGACUCAAAUUGACUGAGACCGAAUUGGCGUUAUACCAGAGUCUUGUGCUACUCUGGCCAGAGAGACAUGGCGUCCGCGGCAACCCCGAGAUCCAGUGUCUCUUCAACAUGUCUAUGGCUGCAAUGCGUCACGAGAUCGAGACCAAUCACGCGCCGAUCAAGGGUGACGUCACAGUUCUGGAUAAUUUGUUGGCGAAGAUACCCACAUUCAGAGAUCUAUCGCUGAUGCACUUGGAGGCGCUGUGUCGUUUCAAAGCAGCGCAUCCUCACCACGUAUUCCCAGCGCUUUACAAGGAACUGUUUUCUUUAGACAGCGUACUAGAUUACACACACACAUAAACAUUAUAACACCCUCUCCCUUCACGGACUUGUCUAAUCAUUCUUUCCCUGCAAAGACACGUUAUUUAAAGACUUGACAGCUAUUCUCUACCUGCAAGUGUCAGUCCGCCAUCUUGUCUUCAUGCUUCACAAAAUGGCGGUCGAAACAGUUGACGGUGGUUUUGAAAAUAUAAAAAUAAAGGCACUUAUAUUAAUUUGUUAACCUAUUUAUAAAAAUUGUAUGUAUGUACUUUGAGACUGUUAUUAUUACAUAUAGGUACGUACGUACAAUAAAAUAAUGUUUAAAAUGUUUAUUUAAUUCGUAAUAUUUAUAUAUUGGUGCCUUUAGCUUUAUAUGAAUAUAAGAAUCAUAUAAAUAUUUUUCUUUGUUAUAAUUUACAAUGCAUACGUAGAGCCUUGGGAGCGCGUAAAGAACCUGAU